AUGCGCCCCUGUACCGCCUCCUCAUGCUGCUGCCAGGCCCGUAAUCUGCCAUGGGCCCCCGUACCAACUCCUCAUGCUGCUGCCAGGCCCGUAAUCUGUCAUGGGCCCCUGUACCGCCUCCUCAUGCUGCUGCCAGGUCCAGAGUGUGUCAUGGGUCCCUGUACGGCCUCCCAUUGCUGCUGUCUCCAUCGCCACACUCUGCCAUGUGCCACUUUCAGGUCUCUCUCACACUGCUGCUGGUUUCCAUUUUGUCAUAGGGUGCUGUAUGGCCUCCCAUUGCUGCUGCCUCCACCGCCACACUGUGGCUCCACACUCUGGUUUUUGGCCCCGUGACUGCCCAAAUGAGUGAAGUGUGCUGUGAUUCUAAGAUGGACGGCACUCAUCUGCAUGUCAUACUGCCUGACAGUAUUAUUUCUCUUCCCCAGCAGACUCCAAGGGCAUUUAAAUUAAAGGUACAGUGUUCUGCACUAAUAUAA